ACCCGGCGGCUCCCUUCCGGCCUGCUUUGCCCCCGCCCCUUCCGCUUCCGCCUUCCCUGGGACUCCCAGGCAGAGAAGGCAGCAGUUUUUUUGUGAAUGGUUGACCUUGUUGUAAGCCUUUGUGUGGAGCCAGAAGAGGAAAAAAAUGGCGUCGACAAAACUGAAGAUGAGUAAGAGCAAGGACGAUGUGCCCCAUGAGCUGGAGAGCCAGUUUAUUCUGCGACUGCCUCCGGAAUAUGCAUCUACGGUGCGGAGAGCAGUGCAAUCUGGGAGUGUCAACUUGAAGGACAGGCUCACCAUUGAACUCCAUGGGGAUGGGCGUCAUGGGAUUGUGCGAGUUGACCAUGUCCCAUUAGCUGCCAAGCUGGUGGACUUGCCGUGCAUCACUGAAAGCUUAAAAACCAUUGACAAGAAAACUUUCUAUAAGACAGCAGAUAUCUGUCAGAUGCUUGUGUGCACCGUAGAUGGCGAACUGUACCCCACUGUGGAAGAGCCGGUGGUCAGUACCGAUCCGAAAGCCAACAAGAAGAAGGACAAGGAUAGAGAGAAGAAGUUCAUCUGGAACCAUGGAAUUACUCUUCCACUGAAAAAUGUGAGAAAGAGGCGGUUCAGGAAGACAGCUAAGAAAAAAGCCCAGUACAUUGAGUCUCCAGAUGUGGAGAAGGAAGUGAAACGCCUGCUGAGUACCGAUGCUGAAGCCGUCAGUGUUCGCUGGGAAGUCAUUGCUGAAGAUGAAACAAAGGAAGCAGACAACCAUGGCUCCCUCACCAGUCUGGAUAUUUCUUCUCCCAGGAUGUCUGGACACAAGCAGAGCCAUGGUUCCAUGGUAGAACAUGAUGAACUCCGGGAGCUGUUCAAGGAUGUCAGCAGCACCAGCAGCGAUGAGGAUGAGCGGGAUCGGCAUGAUGACGAAGACCUGAACAUAAUGGACACCGAAGAAGAUCUGGAGAGGAGGCUGCAAGGGAAGAUGAACGAAAGCAGUGGGCAGCAGCAAGAAAACGAAGGGGCCAAUCAGAUAGCAAUGGGCAUCCAGAAGCAGAUUGACAACCUGAAAGGCAAGCUGCAGGAGACCCAGGAGCGCAGGAAGCGCCAAGAAGACCUCAUCAUGAAAGUUGAGAACCUGGCGCUUAAGACUCGGCUCCAAGCUGUGCUGGAUGAGUUCAAACAGCAGGAGGAGCGAGAGAAGCAGCAGCUGGCCUCCCUCCAAGAACAACUGGAAGCCCUUAUGGAGAAGUGAGGUCCCACCUGAACCUCCCAACAGUGCAUCCCACUUCCGGAGAUAUCGGAUUCUCCAAUUUCUGAUCUAGUGGGAUCUAUGACUGACAGGUCAGGCAGGUCCCAGCAACUGUAUGGAUUUUCCCUUGUUCCACAGCUGGUGUCAUUCAGAUAAUGGACUGGACAUUCAGGCAGAACCUACGCACACUUUAGAAACGAGAAAAGUUCUCUGGAGUACAAAGCCUGGUCAUUUUUGAAGACAAAAUGUCACUGCAGUCAUCUUGACUUAAUCUUUCUUGCUUUUUCAUGAAACCGUGUGCAAAACUUUUUAAAGUUUUUAGAUGCGUUGGACUUUCAGCAUUAUGGACUGAAACAUGUGGAGAGCUGAAGUUUGCUCCCUGUAUUGGGAUUGUACAAAAAUUGUGUUUGCAAAAAGGUUUCAAGAAAUAAAAUGCAGUUAAGUUGUGUCUCA